GUGACGGUGACUUUCUUGAACCACAUGAAGCGGCUAAGGCCUACCUCUGUGCGAAAGCCUCGGGCUGUAGUUCGCGGCUCUGCCGGCCGAGCUGAGGGCUCCCGCGGUACAGCUUCGAGUUUAUAGAUGCGCUGCAGCUGGUAGUCCAGCUAAUUAUCCUGUCUGUAUGUUGCGGAAUCCCGUGCUGACAAAGGAAAGGCCAUGGCUUUUGAUGAGAUCAGGAGUAAAGAAGGGAUGGAUUUGUGUAUGGAGGGAGACAGGGGUCUUGUAGCGGGUCGUAGUCAGAGAGAGAAAAGGAGAUCUUACAAGGAUCUUCUAAGGCAGGAGGAGGAGAUUGCUGCUCAGGUCCGUAAUUCUUCUAAGAAACGUCCCAAGGACGCAGAAUUGUUCAUGCUGGCAGGGGAUCUGCACAAAAAGAAGAAAAGACAUAGUGAUGACUAUUACUAUGGAGAUCACGAGGAUUCUGGUCCACCUCCCCACAAGAAAAAGCACAAGUCUAUAGAUCGCUCCCCGCCUCUUUCUUCCCCCUCAUCCUCCCACUCAACAGAUACAGCUAUGGGACUCUUGCAGGCCAUAACCUCCCCUUUAGCUACAGGUUCAGAUCCCAGCCCCCACUUGCACAAAAAACCCUCCUACCCUUCGUUCUCUUCGCAUUCAUCCAAGGACCGUAAACGUGAGAGCAGCAGCAGUGGAAGCAAAGGAAGCCACUCUUUCUCUCAUUCCCGCCCUGUUUGUUUAUCAUCCUCUUCCUCCAAGAAGCACUUCUCGUCUUCCUCAAAGUCAUCUCUGUUCCAUGGUGGAGCUCCCAAAGAAGAGCCCUUAACAUUACGUGAGGCAGAUGGGCUAAAGAUGAAGCUCAUCAUGUCGUCAGAGAAAGAGGAGGGAGAGAACAUUCCAAUUACACCGCACUUAUCCAAAAUAGGUGUAAAGAAAGAGAAGGACAAAGACCGGCUGCAGCUUUCAAAAUCACCUAAGAAGAAAAUACAGCAGAGUCGAGAUCCACUGCCAGUUGUGGGGAAAGAGGUGGAGGUGGAAGGCCAUUAUGGAGGUGGGAUGGGUGAUGAUAGCUCCUCAUCUGGGGGAGAACUGGAAGCAGGUGAACUGGUUAUAGAUGAUUCAUACACACACCUGUCAAAGAAGAAGAAGAAGAGCAAGAAAAACAAAAAGAAGAAGGACAAAGAAAAAGACAGGGACAAAGAUAAAAGCGGAAGGGACAAGAAACACAGUAAAGGAUCUGCUGAUGCAUCCAGGGGUCACAGUCACUCUCAUCCCACCAUUGCUCACAGCACUGUUGGUCCGAUGUAUGCCAUGGGAACCCCAAUUCCAUCCCACCACCACCAAAACAAUGAAGGAAUGAUGGAGAAGAAGAAAAAGAAGGAGGAAAAAGAUCGUGAAAGACAUGAGAAGGAUAAAGAUAAGCCCAAGAAGAAGGCCAUCACCACAGCAUAUCAGGUAUUUUGUAAGGAAUACAGAGUCAACAUAAAUGCAGAGCAGCCAGGACUAGAUUUUGGUGAGCUCAGCAGAAAAUUAGCAGAAGUAUGGAAGGCAAUGCCUGAGAAAGACAAAUUAGUCUGGAGGCAGAAAGCCCAAUAUCUUCAGCACAAGCAGAACAAAGCUGAGGCCACCACACUCAAACAAAAGAGCUCUAGUGAUGUUAAAAUCAAAGCUGUGGCAGGAGGAACAACAGUUGUGUCACCAAGCAGAGCACCUGGCACGAUAUCCCUGUCACCAGCUCGGGUCCCAGAUGUUGAUCCAAUUGAUGCAGCAGCUCAUCUUCAGCUACUAGGAGAAUCUCUGUCCCUGAUUGGUCACCGUCUACAGGAAACCGAGGGAAUGGUGGCUGUGUCGGGCAGUCUUUCUGUACUUCUGGACUCUAUCUUGUGCGCCCUUGGACCACUGACCUGCCUCACAGCACAGAUACCACAGUUAAACGGAUGUCCUCGAAAUGUUCUGUCAAAUACAUUGGACAACAUCGCUUACAUCAUGCCGGGACUGUGACUGAAGGACAGUGAUCAUUCCGGUCAUCAGAUCUGGCUGGAGAUGUUCUUUAUAGGACCAUCAUUAAACUUUUAAGUUAUUGCCUAGCAAUUGCAAC